AUGACAACCUCUGAAUCCCGCAGGACCUUUCUAAAGGCGACCGCGGCUGCCGCGACGGCUUCCGCAGCCGGUAUUUCUCUCGGCAACCAGGCAGCUCAGGCGCAGGUCCAGUCCACCGGCAUACGUUGGGACAAGGCAGCCUGCCGCUUCUGCGGCACAGGCUGCUCUGUUCUCGUUGGCACAAAGGAUAACCGGGUGGUUGCCACCCAGGGGGACCCGGAUGCACCGGUAAACCGGGGCCUGAAUUGCAUAAAGGGCUAUUUCCUUUCGAAAAUCAUGUACGGCGAAGACCGCCUGACCCAGCCGCUGUUGCGCAAGACCAAUGGCGUCUACGACAAGAAUGGUGAGUUUGAACCGGUCAGCUGGGACGAAGCCUUCGAUGUCAUGGCCCAGAAAUGGAAAGAAGCACUCGCCAAGAAAGGUCCGACAUCGGUCGGUAUGUUCGGCUCCGGACAAUGGACCGUCUGGGAAGGCUAUGCCGCAGCCAAGCUGAUGAAGGCCGGCUUCCGCUCCAACAACAUCGAUCCUAACGCGCGUCACUGCAUGGCCUCCGCUGUUGUCGGCUUCAUGCGGACCUUUGGCAUCGACGAGCCAAUGGGUUGUUACGAUGACUUCGAGCACGCCGAUACAUUUGUGCUCUGGGGCUCCAACAUGGCGGAAAUGCACCCGAUCCUCUGGUCGCGCCUUACCGAUACUCGCCUGACCAAGCCCGGCGCCCAGGUACACGUUCUCUCCACGUUCGAGCAUCGUUCCUUCGAACUUGCCGACAACGGCAUGAUCUUCAAGCCGCAGACCGAUCUUGCCAUCCUGAACUAUAUCGCCAACCACAUCAUCUCGACCGGUCGCGUCAAUGAAGACUUCAUGUCCAAGCACGUGAACAUCACCAAGACCGCGACCGACAUCGGUUACGGCCUGCGGCCUGAAAACCCUCUUCAGGAAGCAGCCGCAAAUCCGGAUUCCGGCGAACUGGAGGCCAUGAGUUUCGACGAAUAUGCAGCUUCAGUCGCGGAGUAUUCGGUGGACAAGGUGUCCGAACUGUCAGGCAUUCCCGCUGAAAAGCUUGAACUUCUGGCAGAACAAUACGCCGACCCGGAUCGCAAGGUGAUGAGUCUUUGGACCAUGGGCUUCAACCAGCAUACCCGCGGUUCCUGGGUCAACUCGCUUUGCUAUAAUGUGCAUCUUCUGACCGGCAAGAUUUCCGAGCCGGGCAACUCCCCCUUCUCGCUUACCGGUCAGCCGUCUGCUUGCGGCACGGCCCGGGAAGUCGGAACCUUUGCCCACCGGUUGCCCGCGGACAUGGUGGUGGCCAACGACAAGCAUCGCGAGAUUUGCGAGACUGCCUGGAAGAUCCCUGCAGGGACGAUCCCGCCGAAACCGGGUUUCCACGCCGUCCUGCAGCACAGAAAGCUGAAGGAUGGUGUUCUCAACGCCUACUGGGUUCAGUGCAACAACAACAUGCAGGCCGCCCCAAAUAUCAAUGAGGAAGGCUAUCCCGGAUACCGCAAUCCGGAAAAUUUCAUCACUGUCUCCGAUCCCUAUCCGACAGUCACCGCAGUGUCCGCGGAUCUGAUCCUGCCAACUGCGAUGUGGGUCGAGAAAGAAGGCGCAUACGGCAACGCGGAGCGCCGUACCCAAUUCUGGCGUCAGCAGGUGUCGGCGCCGGGAGAAGCCAAAUCAGACCUGUGGCAACUCAUGGAAUUUGCCAAACGCUUCACCGUUGAAGAAGUUUGGGGCGAAGAAUUGCUCGCCAAAAUGCCCGAACACCGGGGCAAGACGAUGUUCGAUGUGCUGUUUGCCAACGGCCAGGUCGACAAGUUCCCGUUAAGCGAAACCGCGGAAGGUUUCCAGAACGACGAUGCCGAACACUUCGGCUUCUAUGUUCAAAAGGGUCUUUUCGAGGAAUAUGCAGACUUCGGGCGCGGUCACGCCCACGAUCUCGCACCCUUUGAGACUUAUCAUCAGGCGCGCGGGCUGCGCUGGCCGGUCGUCGACGGCAAGGAAACACUUUACAGAUUCCGGGAAGGCUAUGACCCUUAUGUGCCCGAAGGCGAGGAAGUCCGCUUUUACGGCCACAAGGACGGCAAGGCCAAGAUCAUUUUUGCGCCGUACGAAGAUCCGCCGGAGAUGCCGGAUGAAACUUUCGACCUGUGGUUCUGCACAGGCCGUGUUCUUGAACACUGGCACUCCGGAUCCAUGACCCGUCGCGUACCGGAGUUGCACCGGGCAUUCCCGCUUGCGGUUGUGUUCAUGCAUCCAUCCGACGCCGAAGCACGCGGAUUGAGAAACGGUCAGGAAAUCCUCGUUUCAACACGUCGCGGCGAAGUGCGCAGCAAAUUGGCGACACGUGGUCGUAACAAGGUGCCCCAGGGACUGGUGUUCAUGCCGUGGUUUGACGAGGGUCAGCUUACGAACAAGCUCACGCUUGACGCAACUUGCCCGUUGUCGAAGGAAACCGAUUUCAAGAAGUGUGCCUGCAAGGUGGAACGCGCCUAG